UGCUACACAAGUACAAUGACCAUGAAACUACAAGCCACUUCUACCUUGUUCUCCCUUCUUGUUCUGGCCCUAUUUUCUUCCUCUGAAGCAGGGAAAAUUGCCAUAUAUUGGGGCCAGAACGGCAAUGAAGGAGUCUUAACCCAUACCUGUAUCACUAACAAAUAUGGUUAUGUCAACAUAGCCUUUCUCAAUAAAUUUGGCAAUGGUCAAACCCCUGGAAUCGACCUCGCCGGCCAUUGCAACCCUGCAUCAGGUGGAUGCAAAGCUGUUAGCAUCGGCAUCAAAAACUGCCAAAAUCAUGGUAUCAAAGUGAUGCUAUCGAUCGGCGGUGGCUUCGGGAGCUAUUCUCUAUCAUCUAGAGCAGAUGCUAAAAAUGUUGCAGACUAUCUAUGGAACAAUUUCUUGGGUGGUCAGUCAUCUUCACGUCCUCUAGGGGAUGCUGUGUUGGAUGGAAUUGAUUUCGAUAUUGAACUUGGUUCGAACAGUUAUUACGACGAUCUUGCUCGUUAUCUGUCAUCUUACAGCAACAGAGGAAAGAAAGUUUACCUAACUGCAGCUCCUCAAUGUCCAUUCCCAGAUGAUCGUCUUGGGAAUGCACUGAAUACAGGGCUUUUUGACUAUGUUUGGGUUCAGUUCUACAAUAAUCCUCCUUGCCAGUAUCGUGCUGGGAACACUAAUAAUCUCAUAAAUUCGUGGAAGCAAUGGACUACAUCUAUAAAGGCAGGGUCCAUAUUUUUGGGGUUGCCGGCGGCACCCGCGGCUGCCAGGAGUGGAUAUAUUCCGGCGAAUGUGCUUACUUCUCAAGUGUUGCCGGCGAUAAAGGGUUCAGCCAAGUACGGAGGUAUUAUGCUGUGGUCAAAUUAUUAUGAUGAUAAGAAUGGAUAUAGUGACUCCGUUAAGGCAAGUGUAUAAUUAUAUAUAUGUGGGUUGGCUGAGUCCUAAGUUUGUGUCCGGUAAGAAUAAGAAUGGAUGUAGUAACUGCAUUUAGAAAAGUGUAUAAUUAUGUGGAUUGGCUGGCUCAUAAGUUUGCGUUUUGUAGAAUAAGAAUAUUAUGAUGAUAAGAAUGGAUAUACAAACUCCAUUCAUCAGAAGAGUGCAUAAUUAUGUGGAGCAAUGCUAUAAAUCCCAAAAAUUGUCACUUAUUUUAAUUCUCGAUCUAUGUGACACGAAAGUGUAGUGUGAUGUAAUAUACAUUCCAAAUCAUUAUAUAAGAUUUGUACAAUA